AGUUCUACAAGCUCCGUCCGUUUCGUAUUAAGUUGUAACAGGCUGUUUUAGCAGUUGUAGAAAUUCAAAGCCCAGUAGAUUAGAGGCGGGAGCUUCCAGAACACGAUAAGACUUUUAUUUUUAGGGUUUUCUGCGUCAGGACAAGUCGAAAAUCGAAAGUUAGCUGCGUAGCUAACUGUUAGCUUGUGACGUUGUUGACCAAAACAACUUUGUCGGGAAAGGAUUUUCACAGCCUGUUUAUGUUUUCAUCACUCCAUAGAGAUGUUGGACGGAUCUCCUGUAAACGGUGAUGAAGACAUUAUUGGCAAUGCCGAAAAUAACCACCCGGUACCGGGCGGCAAAGCGCUGAAACAGGCGCUGCUGAUAAAGAAAGGAUGCAGGAAGCCGCUGCUGCAUCACCAGAAACCUCCGAAAACCUGUCCGAACAUCCGCCUGUCGGACCACCACCACAACAACAACACCCUCCUGACGGCCUCAUCGGUUCCCAGACCCGCGGCUCAGCCCGGGACCCACGGACCCGUCUCCAACCAGAACUUGCAUCACGUCAAACAAGGAACCAAGAAAGAGGUGCUAAAAUCUAAAGGUGUCAGAUCGGAGCGAGGGGCCGUCCAACCGGGCAGCCAACCGGCCCGCCACCCUCUGAGACCCGAUCAGAUCGCCCACAACGCGAGCACCAGGAGCCACAAACCCAAACCGAGCCAGACGCACACAGGUUCCCCCGCGGCGAAGAGGAGCGACAACCGCACUCCUAAGAAGUCUUCGUCCUCCCACCUUCCUCUGCCUCAGGAGCAGAAGAACCCCCCCCUGACCUCGAGCAACGUGACGAUCGUAGACAGCCCCCCCGACGAAGCCGAACACUUCAAAGACGGCGAAAAGACGUACGCUGGGGCCAAGUUCAGCGAGCCCCCCUCCCCCAGCGUCCUCCCCAAACCCCCCAGCCACUGGGUGGGAGAAGACGAGCCUCAGCAGAGCAACCAGAGCCGAGAAAUGACCGUUCACCUGAAGUGUCUGCUCAAAGUUCAGGCUUAMACCACAGCCUGGAGCGUCUGAGUCUGGCUUUAUAUGAAAUCUCAUUUAGAAUCAGGGACUUAAACACAUUUAUCCUUCAACACUGCAAUACAAUGUGUGUUUUUAUGCACUGAUACAGUUUUUAAUCCAACCUGUGUGUGAACACUGAACAGGCUGUUCUGCUGCUUGAGAUCUUACAGAAAGAAAGAGUCGUKUGUGUUUUUGUUACUGAAUCAGAAAAAUUCUGCCGUUUUUUUUCCAGCAGCAACACGGCCACUGUUUGAUGUUUACACGAUGCAAAGUGAUGACAUCACUAUCGCUUCUGGAAAUGCAGCCAUGCGUCGGACUUUUUAAACGUCUCCCGUAAAAUGUACAGUUAAUGUAUAUUUGUGUAUAUUUCUUUUUUUUUCUUACUGAAAUUCUAGUUUUKUUACUAAGAAUUUUCAAAAAACAAAAAAAAGUCCUCUGUGAACUGAAGCACUUUGUUCCGACUCGAUGGAUUUAAGAGACUUUUCCAACAGAUUUGCACUGAAAACGAAGCCAGAGCACUGAACUCCACCAGCCACGUGGACAAACUGCAGCUGACUUCCUGUUCCUGAAGGGGAACUUUGCAGAACGGCUCAGAUAUAAAACCUAUGAAAASACUGAAGGUGUUUGGUCUGAACAGGCUGCUGAAGCCUCUGUGAACUGAGGAGAAAAAGAUGUUUGAAAAGCCUCACAUAAAGCUGCUGCGAAAAACUACAA